AUGGAGGACGAGGAGCGUCAAAACAUGGAGCGCUUCAGCACGGAGGGCGAUUUCGUGGAUGGUGAGUGGAUCGACGGUGAGUUCUACUACCGGAGCCGCCGGAAGAGGCGGGGGCAGACCAAGGAGGAGGCGCUCUACGGCUACCAGUCGUCAGGGUCGGAUUCGGAUGGAGGAGGAGGAGGAAGAAGGGGCAGGAAGAAGCGGCGGGGCGGGAUAAUCGUCGAGGACAAGUCGAGCAAGCCCGUGAAUUUCGUGUCGGCGAGCGUCCAGGACGUGGGCACUGAGAAUCAGGCAUCGUCGUCCUCUAGGAAAGAGAUGGAGGAAGAAGAAGAAGAAGAAGAAGAAGAAGAAGUGCCUGGCGCCGGGCUGGGAUUUCGAGCUAGUAGCCGGGAUAGAGGAAGCGAUGAGGGCGAUGAGCGAGGUGGUGUUGGGCUUGGCUUUCAAAGGGGAGGGAUUGGUUUCCAGGCUGAUGGCGAUGAGCCUGGUGGUGCUGGAACUGGUUUCCAGAGGGGAGGAAUUGGUUUCCAGGCUAGCAACGAAGAGGGCGAUGAUCAGGCUAGGAACGAAGAUGGAAUUGGAGGACGAGGUGGACUUGGUUUCCAGAGAGGAGGAAUUGGUUUCCAGGCUAGAAGUGAAGAUGGUGAUGGACGAGGUGGCGUGGGGCUUGGUUUUCAAAGGGGAGGAAUUGGCUUCCAGGCUAGAAACGGGGAUGCCGAUGGACGAGCUGGUGUGGGACUGGGUUUCCAAGGUAAUGGAGCUGCGAGUGCCGGGGACGAUGACGAUGGGGAUCUGGAGCUGCCGAGUGCUCUGGGAAAGAAGAUCCAAGAGAAAGUCCGGCAGAAGACAAAGAAGAAACCCGGAGGCCCAGCUUCUAGUACCUCUGUUGAGUAUGUCUGGCAGAAGCACACCAGCGAAUUUACCAACAAGAUGAUGUCGAAGAUGGGAUUAACUGGUGGUACCGGCUUGGGAAAGAACUUGCAAGGCAGGGUGGCGGCGAUUGAAGUGAAGUUGAGGCCCAAGAACAUGGGGAUGGGAUACAAUGACUUUCAGGAGGUGACGACGGGUCGUGAUGAUCCAGCAGCAGCGACAGAAAGCGAAGAAGUGGCCCAUAGGUCGAGAGCAAACGAGCAGCUCUGGAUGAAGAAGAACAAAAAGAAGGCAAAAACUUUCGUUUCAGCCGAGGAGCUCUUGUCACGGCAGCAGGGAAGAACAGUUGGCAAGGUUUUGGACAUGACGGGGCCACAGGUGCGCGUUGUCACGGACAUGAAGGACCUCAACGCCGAGAGAAUGGUUGUCGAGGAGGACGACACCCCCAUGCCGGAGCUCCAGCACAACUUGAAGCUCCUGGUAGAUCUCGUUGCUUCGGACAUCCAGCAGUACGACUCCAGGCUCAGGCACGACAAGCAAACCAUCGCCAUCCUUGAGAAGGACCGGGACCGGCUGCAGAAGGAGCUGGAGCUCCAGAGCAGGAGCCUCGAGGUGAUGCACUCGAUCACUUCCGCCAUCGAAGGUGUCCAGCAAGAAGCUGCGUCGCGGAGGCUAACUCUAGACGGCCUGCUCAAAACCUUCGCCAAGCUCAAGGCCGAGUUCCCGGAGGAGUACAAGCUCUGGAACCUUUCAGCUCUGGUGCUGUCUCACGCGGCACCGAGGAUCACGUCUCACUUCCAAGCAUGGCAGCCGCUCCUCCAGCCGUCCCGAGGUGUCGACGUUCUCCUUCCGUGGAUGGAACUCCUCCAGGAGCAGGAGGAGGAGGCGAUCUUCACCGAGGUGGACUCUUCUCCGUAUACUCGCCUGGUGAUGGAAACGGUGCUGCCGCAUAUCAACCGUGCGGUGAUCAACUGGGAAGCUCGAGAGCCGGAGCCGCUCCUCCGGGUGCUCGAGGUGUGGGAGAAGCUCCUCCCAGCGUCGGUGUUCCAGAGCGUGCUGGACAGCUGCGUGAUGCCCAAGCUGCGAGCUCAGGUGGAGGCGUGGGAUCCAUUGCAGGACACGGUCCCGGUUCACCACUGGGUGCAUCCCUGGCUGCCGCUCCUCGGCUCGAGGAUGGACCCGGUGUGCGAUACCAUCCGGUGGAAGCUAAACAGCGUGCUGCAAGCCUGGGAUCCCAGUGACGUUUCGGCCUACUUGAUGCUCUCGCCGUGGCACUCGGUGUUUGAUGCGGCGAGCUGGGAGCAGCUCCUGGCACGGAACAUCGUCCCGAAGCUAAAGGUGGCGCUCGAGCAGCUGGAGAUCAACCCGGCACAGCAGCGGCUGGAGCCUUUCUCGUGGGUGAUGGCCUGGGCUCCGGUGAUGCCGCUCCGUCUCAUGAUCCGGAUGCUGGAGGAGAAGUUCUUCCCGAAGUGGCACCACGCGCUGUUCGCAUGGCUGGGAUCCAACCCGGACUUUGACGAGGUGACGCAGUGGUACCAGGGGUGGAAGUCGGUGCUGCCGGCGGAGCUGCUGGCCAACGAUCGCGUAAGGUGGCAGCUCAACGGGGCGCUGGAGAUGAUGAACCAGGCGGUGGAGGGGGCGCCGCUGGUGAUGCGCGACGCGGAGCAGUGGCAGCAGCAGUUUGUGGAGAAGAAGUUCGCGGCGGUGGCGGUGGCGGUGGCGGAGGCGGAGGCAGAGAUGAGCUUGAAGGAGGUGGUGGAGAGCUUCGCGCAGGAGAAGGACGUCCAGUUCUUGCCAAAGCCGGGGCGGCUGCACCAGGGGCUCCAGGUUUAUGGAUUUGGAUCGGUGAGUAUCGCGGUGGACAAUCACAAGCAGGCAGUCUUGGCUCAGGCUGGGCAGAAGUGGACGUCCGUGUCGCUGGAGCAGCUGCUCGAGAUCCACCAUGCUCGAAAGGGUGGCAAGUGGAACUCUUGAGCGAUUGACAAGAUCGACAGGUUUCGAAGAAGAGGAGAUUGACAAGAUCGAAAGUUUUCGAAGAAGAAGAGCUCUUGAGCGAUUGACAAGAUCGAAAGGUUUCGAAGAAGAGUGUGCGAAAAGAUUUCGUAGAAGAGCUCUUGGGCGAUUGACAAGAUGGAAAGAUUUCGAAGAAGAAGCGCUCUUGGGCGAUUGAAGAGCUCUUGGGUGACAACCAAGAUCGAAAGUUUUCGAAGAAGAGCUCUUCGAAAGAAUUUUUUAACUAAACUUUGACCUUUAACUUUGCCCUUGGAUUAAAUUUGAGUUAACUUAGGUCA